AUGCUCGCUCUACUUCUCAUCCCAGUCGCUCUCGCGAGCUACUUCCUCGUGAGACUGCGCCAGCAACGCAGCAUGUUCAAAGAUCUCCCUGGGCCGCCGCAUCACGCUAUCUGGGGUCACUUUCUUAUAAUGCGAGAGAUCGCAAGCAGUCUACCCAAGGAUGCAAACCCACAGCUGUUCGCGAGAUUGAUGCGCCAGAAGUACGGUCUGGGUAACUUCUUCUAUCUGGAUCUGUGGCCGCUCGCGCCGCCGCAGCUUGUCAUCGCCCAUCCGGAAUUGGCCACGCAAAUCGUCCACAAAAUGAAUCUUCCCAAGGAGUCGGCUGUCAUGCAGAAAUGGACCGGUCCUAUCCUUGGCGAAAAAUCCAUGGUCACUGCAAAUGGACAUGAUUGGUUCAUUGCACGCAAGUCAUUCGCUCCGGGCUUCCAGCCGCGGAAACUGCUGGAGCAUGUUCCGGUUAUCGUGGAUGAGGCGCUGGCUUUUGCUGAUGUUCUGAGAGAACAUUCGGCUAGAAAUGACGUCUUCAAACUGGAAGAUCUGUGCGGGAGGAUGAUAUUCAACAUCUCGGCUUGGGUCAUCUUGGGAACAAAGUGCAAUGCGCUGGGGGAUGACGAUGAAUUUCUCGAGCUCUUCCGGAAACAGGCCGCCCUGGCACCUCAGGACUUCUGGUCUCGGUAUCUCUACGACGUCAGCCCCAGCCGAUACUAUCGGAAGUGGAGCAACGGACGCGCUUUAGACCGUUACGUCGGUCGUCUGGUAGACGAACGAGUCGCCAGCGGCCCAACUGCCAUUCCAAGCGAAAAGGCCAAAUUCUACGCCAUCGACGACGCCAUUUCGACCAGCCGCACCUUGAAUAAGGCACCACCUACCACCGCUGUGGAUAAAUCUACGCGGGACAUGCUCAUCACCUCUGUCAAGACGCUCAUCUUCGCUGCUCAUGACACAUCAGCCAGCACUCUCUGCUAUACAUACGCCGCCCUGAGCAAGCACCCCCGAGUCCUCCACAAACUCAGAGAAGAACACAAUGCCCUAUACGGCACCGACUCCUCCGCCGCGGCAAAUAUGCUCCGCAGUGACCCCAACCUCGUGAACAAUCUCCCUUACACCCUGGCCGUCAUCAAAGAAGCCCUCCGCCUCUGGCCUCCAACAGGCAUCAGCCUCCGCCGCGGCCAACCAGACCGAAGCCUCCAUGCAGACGGCAAAGAGUGGCCCACCUACCCCUUCGCAGUCCUCGUCAACAACCACGCCACCAUGCACAGGGAGGAUCUCUUCAAGGAUGCAGAUAAUUUCUACCCAGAGCGGCACCUUGUGACGGACCCCACGGACCCAUACUUUGUCCCGCGCGACGCGUGGAGACCGUUUGAGAAGGGACCACGCAUGUGCCUGGGCCAGACGUUGGCUUUGAUGCAGCUGAAGAUUGCAUUGGUCAUGACGGUGAGGACUUUUGAUUUUGAGACUGUGUAUGAGGAAGGGGCAUACAUGUACCAGGUUUUGGAUGUCACGUCUAAACCGUCGCAGGGGUUGCCGACUAGGGUCAGAUUGGUUGAGUAG